AUGGAAAGUAACCUUCCUCUCCAAAGAAAGUGGGUCCUAUGGGAGCAAUGGGACCAAAACAAGCAAAGCAGCACUCAGCAAUUCACAGAUACUAUGCAGCCAAUCGGCGAAUUUGACAAUCUACACAGUUUUUGGCAGCAUUGGAAUUACCUCCCUCAUGCAAAACCUACAGACCUUUUCACGAACCCAGUAACCAAAACAAAAGUCAUCAUUGAGCCUCUUAAGAAGAACAUCGAAGCAAUUGGAGUUUUUGAAAGCGGGAUUCAGCCAGCAUGGGAAGACCCAUCCAAUGCUGAAGGUUCUGACCUUACUAUUAGGAGAAAGUUCGAGUUUGAAAGCCUAAACCACUUCUGGGACAGAUUUGUCUUUGCAGUCAUUGGCGAAACCUUCCCUUUCAGCGAAGAAGUCACAGGCUGCCGCAUUGUAGAAAAAGUGAACGGAAUUUACAAAUUCGAACUAUGAUUAAAAUUCAACGCAAGUGACCAAAGAUUUACAGAAAAAACCAAGGAACUCAAAGAGCAGAUGAUUAAUCUUGUGUUUUCCAAUUUCAGCAUAAAUGAUAUCACCGUGAAUUCUCAUCGGAGCAGAUAA